AUGCAGCCAGCAGGGAAGAGCUCAUCUGGACUUGAGCGAAAAGAAGUGGAAAAAUAUCGAAGAAUGCACAUGAAAGCUCAUGUUUCCAGGCUUGCUUCUCUCAUACCUACCCAAGAGAAAUUGGCGUUACCUGCUUUGUUGGAUCAAGUCACUUCUUACGUAAAACAACUGAAAGACCGUCUGGAAGAACUGAGGAAAAGGAGGGAACAACUUCAAGGUGAGGAAGCUGUCACUGAAGGCCAGAGGGUUGCUCUGAUGGUGCCAGUAGUUGCCAUUAAAGAGACUUGUUCGGUUUUAGAGGACCUUCUAUUCCAUUUAUUCACAGGUUUAUCUUCUUUAUCAGUGUCCCUCGCAAUGCUAUUUCCUCUAUAG